AUGGCGACUGUCGACCCGCUGCAAGCGCUUCAAGCCGCGCUCGCGCAACCCGCCAACUCUUUCGAGCAGGCGCAGCUGCUGGAGGCCCUGCGCGAGGCGCUCGAAGCGCGUCCGCAGCCUCUACCAAUAUUAUGCGCUACUCUAUUGGGAACUGUGGCGGCUGGCGUCGAGGACUCGCUCCUCAAGCGCUUCGUACUGGACCUCAUACACUUCGGCAUUGCAAGGGCGAAUCUAUCGCUGGACCAGCGUACACAGUUGGCGGCGCAGAGCCUAGACACGCUCGCAGGCUUACUGGUGGAUCCCAGCCCGCGAAUUGUAAAAGUGGUGGUGCAGACAUUCGCGGGAAUAUACCCGAUACUCUUUAUGUCCUUAUGCCAGAACCGCAACGCGCGCCCGCAAUGGGAAGUCCUGAACGGUGCCAAAGCACGGAUCCUCAACUUCGUAUGGACAACGCAACCUGUGGCGGCGGGUGUCCGGCUCGCGGCCAUCAAGUUCAUGCAGCGCGUCAUACUUGUUCAGACGCGCGGAGCGGCUGAUCCCAGACUGCAGAACAAGAACGAUCCGAAUCUGUCUAUGUGUCCUGUGGAUCACCCAUACAUCCCGGUUCAGCAGCUCGAGGCGGAGGGCACGCGACUGCUCGAGACCGUCCUCACGAUGCUCUACACCUCCAGUAACGCCGACAUUGUGACCGCCCUUAUCAACUCAUGGGCGCCCCUUGUCCGUCUCCGGCCGACUCAUAUCCAGCUCGUCGUAACAUCUCUCACCUCCUGGCGGCCCAACGCCUUCACGAACCAGUCGUUCACCACCGUCAAGUCCGUCGAGAAAGCCGUGCGGAUAUUCCUCGUCCACAUCAGUCACCUCGGUUCAGCCGUCGCACCUUUCAACCCUGAGAUACGACAAGCCAUCGCGGAGAUUGAUGCGAGGAUUGAGAAGGGCGCACAGGAGGAGAGGGCGAGGAGAGCGGCGCUAAAGAGGCCCGCGUCAAGCACUGCUGUUGAACCGCAGCCCGAGAAGAGGCAGAAGUUAGACAAUGGCGCCGCGAUGCAGUCGCAGGCUGGUCAGGCGUUCAGCUUCUCGGCCUUACCGGCUCCGCUUGUUACUGAGCUUAUCGUCGCGAACCUACAAGCGUUCAGCGAGGUCGAGCUGCAAGAUCUUGUUCGGGCCUACAAGCCCGCCGUGGCGCCUGCUGCUGUUGCUGCUGUUGCUACACCACAGCCUACGCCACCGCCACCACCUGUGGCGGCUAAACCGGCCGCUCUCCCUCCAUCUGCUCCUGCUGCGGAACGUAAGAAAGCGAGUGAGGCUGCUGCAAAGGCGAGGGCGAAGGCUGCAGAGAUCACCGCUGCUGCCCCGCGCCCUACGUCCACGCAGCCUGUAGUAGCGGCAGCGGUGGGAGAGGUCGCCGCUGAGCAGGGUGCGGAUAAGGCAGCGGUGAAGGAGGAGCCUGUGGAUCCGUUAAAGAUGGACAUUGACGAUGAGGUUGAGGAGGAGGCGCCUAGUGCUCCUGCAGAGGAGGCCGCGCCAGAGCAGGAGGACGAGGAGGCGGCUGCAGCCGUUCCCAUGGAUCUCAAAGCCUUAUUAUCGCUUGACCUACGCGCGCCGCCACCGCGUCCGCUCGCGGACACUGAGAAAGCCGAUCUGGUGAAGGGUAGCGUCGUGCGGAUACAAGACGCCGCGAAGGAUGUGACGGGUGUGGGUGCGGAGGAGGACGGCGUCGAGCUGUGGAUGAUGCUCGUCGUCAGAAUGGUCACACGGGGCGCAGAGCCGAGUCGAUGUUGGGACAAUAAAGGCAAGGCGAAAGGCGAGGGUGAAGAUGGAGAGGGAGAGAAGGUGAAGGAGGGUGAAGAGGAGGUACUGGAUCUGGCGGAGCGGUAUGAGCAGCAGGACCAACUACGCGCAAAUCUUUAUGAAUAUAUCAUGGCGGAUUUUGCUGGGCGGAUGAAACUCGCUACUAUGUGGAUGAAUGAAGAGUGGUAUAGCGACCAGUUAGCCGCAGAGAAGAACUCGGGUCCUGAAUUGCGACAUAAUUACGAUACAUGGUUAUCACACAUCGUCGCUGCAUAUCUCGGCAAGCUCUCAGGCAAAGACCGUACCUUCGGUCGUUUUCUCCUCGACCUCCCCUCCGUCCCACCCGACGUCUUCCAACUCCUCCGCGAUCUCUGUAUCACGCCGCAGAAGAUGGAGGUCGGAUUUUUGACCCUGCGCGAUUUCGUGAAUGAUAGGCCGACACUACGAGCGGAGGCAAUGAACAUCUUGUUGGAGUUGACGACGCAUGCAGAGAAGGCCACGAGGGCAGCCGCGAUCAUCACGCUCAAGCGAUGGGUUGGGGACGUUCAACCUAUGGAUGGAAUGGUUAGGGACUUCGCGUUGCAGCUUCUGAGAAGAUUGCAGUCGAAGCCCGCUGGUGCCGGGGAAGGCGGUGUCGAGAAAGCGGAAAAAGAGGAGGAGGGAGACAAGAUGGUCGUCGACGGAGAGACGAACGGAGUGCGCGAGCGCCUGCGGACAAGCGAAAGUGACGCCGUAGUCAAUGACGAAGGGGUAGCUGUCACGAAUGGCAAAGACGUAGCCGUGGCGAAUGGCGAGGCGGACGGUAGCGAUGCGGACGAGAAUAUGGAAGAUGGUCAAUUACCUCAGGAGCCGCAGGAGGAGAUAUUGACGACACCGUAUCUCUCCGACGAGCUCGAGUUGCCAGCGAAGAAAGAGGUCGUGCUGCAACAUAUUGAGCUCCUGCUGGCAUUAUCGACCAAGGUACCCGCGUUCCUGGAGGAGUUGUUCGCUGCAUACGGCGAGAUGGACGUUAGCGUUCAAGAGGCCAUUCAAGAACUCAUUACGCAACUCAUGAAGACGCUCGGGCCCACACACUCCAAACUACUCGCCCUCUUGCGGGACUUCCCACCGGGUGCCGAUACCCUCGUAUUGCGCGUGCUCAACAUCUUCACCGAGUCCGGCCGUCCUCCGCCACCCCUCGUCGCCACUGUUAAGGAGAUGGUAGCGCAGCGCGACUUGGAUGCGCGCUUCAUCAUGCCUGUUGUCGCUGAGCUCGAUAAGGCCGACAUCACCAAGAACCUACCGAGGAUCGUGGCAAUGCUUAACGGGACACCAGAAAGGAGACAAAUGGUCAAGAACGUGUUCAGCGCGAUCGUUGUCAGCGCGCCGGAGAAGGGCUUCAGCUCGAGCAAUACGCCGAGGAUGAGACAGAGCGAGCUGUUGACGCCUGCGGAAUUGAUGGUCUUCCUGCACACGGAGAGCUUGGUACCGUUGAAGCCUGCGAUAGAGGCGAUCGGUAUCUGCUUUAGCAUGUCGGAGGUCUACCGAAGCGAGGUUCUCGCCGCGGUGAUGCAACAGAUCGUGGACGAGCCCGUCCUUCCGACGCUGUUCAUGCGCACUGUCAUCCAGGCUGUCACGACGUACAAGUCCCUCGUUGGGUUCGUGUCCACCACGCUGCUCUCACGCCUCAUCACGAAGAAGAUCUGGAUGAGCCCGCCGUUGUGGGAAGGUUUCGGGCGCUGUGCCAAGGCUAUCCAACCACACAGCUUUAACGCGCUGUUGCAGCUACCGAAGGAACAGCUGAGAGAGCUUGCGAAUGAGAAGCAGCCGGGGCUGAAGACUGGGUUGAGAGAGUUCGUGUUGAGACGGGCGGGAGGGAACCGAGCAAGGGUGGCUGCUUUCUUGGAGAUUCUUGGGGAGGACGAGGCACCGCAGAGCAACGGAGCAGUCGGUACGGGAGCGGCUCAGACUGAACCAGCGCCCUCAAACUCGCCCACGAUGCCGCCACCGCCUCCGAACCCGAUGGUUACAGAGGCUUAG